GAGUUACCAAAAUAAAGCUGGCUAGUUUCCGGUUAUUUUUUCCACGCCUACUAUCCGCCCCCUUUCCUAGACAUCGCCGGCGGCCGCUCCCGCGGGCCGCCUCCCAGUCCGCAGCGCCGCCUAACUGACCUUCGAUCAUGGCCUCACCGCCGGCGCCGGUUUCGGCCUCGCCGGCCUCCUCCGCUCAGAGAAAACGAGGUUCAACAGAAACCAUUGGCUUGUAUGCAGUUCAGUGUUGUGAAUGUCAUAAAUGGCGUACCGUUCCAACAAAAGAGGAAUUUGAGACACUUCGUGAGAAUUUCACUGAUGACCCAUGGGUCUGCACUAAAAGACUUGACUGCUCGUGUAAAGACCCUGGGGACAUUGAGUACGAUAGCAGCCGCAUCUGGGUAAUCGACAAGCCCAACAUACCAAAGCCUCCGCCCAAGACAGACAGGCUAGCGGUUAUGAGAGGGGAUCUGUCUAAAUUGGACAUCUACUAUGUUAUGCCAAAUGGGAAGCGCGCAAGGUGCACAGGGGAUGUGCAGAAGUUCCUCGACGCAAAUCCAGAUUACAAAGAUCGCAUAUCAGUUGAAAGUUUCAGUUUUGCGACACCAAAGAUUGUUGAGGAGACUGUUUCUCACAGCUCUGCGUGGAAGGCUGGGAAGGCCAAAAAGCAGGACAAGACAAAUGCUUCAAGCAGCAAGAACUAACUAUGUUCACUUGCUGUCCUCCUCUACCUUGUUGGUCAGUUGUUGUUUUUAUAUCUGUGAUGUACUCUCAGCACUCUAAGGCUUCCUUUUUAUGCAUCAACUCCUGGGAAAAUUCUGAGAUGGUUGAGAAGGCUACAUGCUGUAGUCACUCUUUUCAUAAAUAAACAACUGUGGUUACAGAUAUA